AUGUCUCAACAAUUGGAUUGGUGUUCAGAGGUCUGCUGGAAGAAAUUUGCAAGGUAUUUUGAAGUUGAGCUGAAGGAGGUGAAGCUUAGGGAAGGCUACUAUGGGAUGGACCCUGAUAAAGCUGUCGAAAUGGUUGAUGAGAACACCAUCUGUGUCACUGCAAUUUUGGGUUCGACCCUUAACGGAGAGUUCGAAGAUGUCAAGCGAUUGAAUGACCUCUUGGUAGAAAAGAACAAACAAACAGGAUGGGAUGCCCCAAUUCAUGUUGAUGAAGCUACUGGUGGAUUCAUUGCACCAUUCCUUUACCCAGAGCUUGAAUGGGACUUCCGUUUGCCGUUGGUUAAGAGCAUCAACGUUAGUGGCCACAAAUACGGUCUUGUCUAUGCCGGUAUUGGGUGGGUCAUCGAAGACUUGCCUGAGGAACUCAUUUUCCACAUCAAUUACCUUGGGACUGAUCAACCCACCUUCACCCUCAACUUCUCUAAAGGUUCUAGUCCAGUGAAUGCUCAAUAUUAUCAACUAAUUCGUUUGGGUUAUGAGGUGAGUAAUGAGUGUAUUACUAAUGCAACCCUAGUUUUGAACUGGGCAAAUAAGGUAAUAGUAUAUUACUUUCUGAACAAACACUAAGAACUCUUGGGUAUGUAAUUAUAUGUUCAAGGCUACAAGAAUGUCAUGGAGAGCUGUAGGGAAAAUAUGAUAGUGCCAAGAGAAGUAUUGGAGAAGACAGGGAGGUUCAACAUCGUCUCAAAGGACAAUGGUGUCCCACUUGUGGCUUCUCUCUUGAGGACAACAAACCGUACAAUGAGUUUUAGAUUUCAAACAUGUUGACAAGGUUUGGGUGGAUUGUGCCG